UGGGUAGUCGGAAAACGCACAAAGUAUUCUCGCUGCUCGUUCAUUCAUUCGUUGCAGGUUGGGUAAACUUGAAAUACAGAAUACGGACCGUAAGAAAGAACAACUUCGUUCCCGUUGAAAGGACCCUUGCAAAUAUGUCCAUUGGCGUGCCCAUCAAAGUUCUGCAUGAAGCAGAGGGCCACAUUGUGACCUGUGAGACCAACACUGGUGAAGUGUACAGGGGCAAGCUCAUUGAGGCUGAGGACAACAUGAACUGCCAGAUGUCCAAUAUCACUGUGACGCAUCGGGAUGGCCGUGUAGCCCAAUUGGAGCAGGUCUAUAUCCGGGGCAGCAAGAUUCGCUUCCUGAUCCUACCGGACAUGUUAAAAAACGCCCCUAUGUUAAAGAGCAUGAAAAACAAGAACCAGGGCUCUGGAGCAGGAAGGGGGAAGGCAGCCAUUCUCAAAGCUCAGGUGGCUGCAAGAGGACGGGGUCGUGGUGGAGGGAUAGGAAGAGGAACUAUUUUCCCGAAAAGGCGGUAGUAUCUGCGUUGGUUAGUUUAAAACGAUUGCAUUGUACAGUUUAUUUUUAUUUGUAGAGAAUUUGGUACUCUACCUGAUCUAAUUAUUUUCCUAGCCUUUUAAUUUUUUUCAAAACCUGCUUUUUGACAUUGUACUUUUUCAUUUUUAAAUAAAUUGUUCUCCUGUCAAUUUGAA